AAAUGUUAUGAACAGAAGCAGUACAAAAACGGCCUCAAGUUUUGCAAGAUAAUCCUUUCGAACCCCAGAUUUGCCGAACAUGGAGAGACUUUGGCCAUGAAAGGAUUAACACUGAACUGUUUAGGAAAAAAAGAAGAAGCAUAUGAAUUUGUUCGUAAAGGACUUCGUAAUGACGUCAAGAGUCAUGUCUGUUGGCAUGUAUAUGGACUCUUGCAGCGUUCUGAUAAGAAAUACGAUGAAGCUAUUAAGUGUUACCGAAAUGCCCUCAAAUUAGAUAAAGAUAAUCUGCAAAUCCUGAGGGAUCUUUCUUUGUUGCAGAUCCAAAUGAGAGACCUUGAAGGUUACAGAGAGACAAGAUACCAGCUUCUUCAGUUGCGUCCAACACAGCGUGCUUCCUGGAUCGGAUAUGCUAUAGCCUACCAUUUGCUGAAAGAUUAUGAUAUGGCACUAAAACUGUUGGAAGAAUUUAGACAAACUCAGCAAGUUCCUCCCAACAAAAUAGACUAUGAAUAUAGUGAACUGAUACUAUACCAGAAUCAAGUGAUGAGAGAAGCAGAUCUAUUUCAGGAAUCUCUGGAACAUAUAGAAACAUAUGAGAAACAAAUAUGUGAUAAACUUUUGGUGGAAGAAAUUAAAGGGGAAAUACUGUUGAAAUUGGGAAGAUUAAAAGAAGCCAGUGGAGUAUUCAAAAACUUGAUUGAUCGGAAUGCAGAAAAUUGGUGUUAUUAUGAAGGCUUGGAAAAAGCUCUGCAACUUAGCACUUUAGAAGAGAGGCUUCAGAUUUAUGAAGAAAUUAGUAAGCAGCACCCCAGAGCAAUUUCACCUAGAAGAUUACCUUUGAAUCUUGCCCCAGGUGAAAAAUUUAGAGAACUAAUGGAUAAAUUCCUGAGGGUUAACUUCAGUAAAGGCUGCCCACCCUUGUUUACUACUUUGAAAUCUUUAUAUUACAAUACAGAAAAGGUUUCUAUAAUCCAGGAACUCGUUACUAGUUAUGAAGCCUCUCUUAAAACAUGUGACUUUUUUAGCCCUUAUGAGAAGGGAGAGAAAGAACCACCGACUACACUGCUCUGGGUUCAGUAUUUCCUGGCACAGCACUUUGAUAAACUUGGACAAUAUUCUUUGGCUUUGGAUUACAUUAAUGCUGCUAUUGCUAGUACUCCAACCCUAAUAGAGCUAUUCUAUAUGAAAGGGAAAAUUUACAAGCAUAUAGGUAACCUCAGAGAAGCUGCAAAGUGGAUGGACGAAGCACAGUCGUUAGACACAGCUGAUAGAUUCAUCAACUCCAAAUGUGCAAAAUAUAUGCUUCGAGCGAAUAUGAUAAAGGAAGCUGAGGAAAUGUGUGCCAAGUUCACAAGGGAAGGAACAUCUGCCAUGGAAAAUCUAAAUGAAAUGCAGUGUAUGUGGUUCCAGACAGAGUGUAUUUCAGCUUAUCAGCGUCUGGGAAAAUAUGGAGAUGCCUUAAAAAAAUGCCAUGAAGUAGAAAGGCAUUUUUCUGAGAUAACCGAUGAUCAAUUUGACUUCCAUACCUACUGCAUGAGAAAGAUGACCCUUCGUGCCUAUGUUGAUCUUUUGAGAUUAGAAGAUAGACUCAGAAGACAUGUCUUUUAUUUCAAGGCUGCUAGAUCAGCAAUUGAAAUAUACUUGAAAUUAUAUGAUAAUCCCUUAACCAAUGAAAGCAAACAGCAAGAAACAAAUUCAGACAACCUGUCAGCCAAAGAAUUGAAGAAAAUGCUUAGUAAGCGGAGAAGAGCUCAGAAAAAGGCUAAAUUAGAAGAAGAGAAAAAACAUGUGGAAAGGGAACGUCAGCAAAAAAAUCAAAAGAAAAAAAGAGAUGACGAAGAAGAAGAAACCAGUGGUCUUAAGGAAGAGCUUAUACCUGAAAAAUUAGAACGGGUAGAAAACCCGUUAGAAGAAGCCAUCAAGUUCCUUAUUCCUCUUAAGAACCUUGUAGCCGAUAACAUUGAUACACAUCUAUUAGCAUUUGAAAUAUAUUUUAGAAAAGGAAAGUUUCUGUUAAUGCUGCAGUCUGUCAAACGAGCUUUUGCUAUUAACAGUAAUAACCCAUGGUUACAUGAAUGUUUAAUUAAAUUUUCUAAAACUGUGUCUAAUCAUAGUAAUCUUCCAGACAUUGUGAGCCAAGUUCUCUCUCAGGAAAUGCAGAAAAUAUUUGUCAACAAGGAUUUGGAAAGAUUUAAUGAAGAUUUUCUCAAACAUAAUGCUACCUCUCUUCAGCAUCUACUUUCAGGUGCUAAAAUGAUGUAUUUUCUGGAUAAAUCAAGGCAAGAGAAAGCAAUUGCUAUAGCCACUAGACUGGACGAAACUAUAAAAGAUAAAAAUGUAAAGACUUUAAUGAAGGUUUCUGAGGCACUGCUUGAUGGCAGCUUUGGGAACUGUGGUUCCCAAUAUGAAGAAUACAGGAUGGCCUGUCAUAACCUGCUUCCUUUCACAUCUGCUUUCCUGCCUGUUGUGAGUGAAGUCCACGGUCCUGGUGUGGCACUGAACCACAGAGCCAACUAUGGUGUCUCAGCAAAUGAAAUUUGAAAUCUCAUAGAAAGUUGGCUCCUGCAGACUGAAAGCUGAAUUCAGAUCAGGGUUUCUUUUUCCAGAGUGUAUUUUAAUUUAGGUAUGAAAUAUUUGGAUAGAAUUUUUAGAUGGAGUAUUCUGUAAGUUUGUUUUAUUCUCUAACUGACUCUGCCAUUUACUUAAACAUGUUUGUGUUAAAAUUGCCUGUUUCUAAUUCUGCAGUUUUUCUUAAACUCCCAAAUUAUCAGCAUUGUGGUAGCUGCACUUCUGUAUCAUAAUUAUGGUAAUUUCUUAUGACACUAAGUUGUGUGUAGCCCCACAGUUUUAUUUUAUUUGGAUCUUCGUUUCACAGUCUACGUUGCAGUUGGUUUGUUUUGUUGUUUAUUUGCUUGCUUUUUAAGUAAAGCACAUCAGUUUCAGUGUUAACUAUAUUCUAAAAAGAGUAUGGAAUUUUUCUUGGCAGAUGUUGAGGUUUAUUUUAAUUUGCUCUUUUUUUUUCACUUAAUUCUUCUUGAUUUACUUCUUCCUUUGUAAUAUCAUGGACACGAUUCUUUUUGGUUGAAUAAGGGUACUCCAGUUUUACAUAGGUGAUUUAGAAUGUGAAGAUUGCUUGCCUCUUAUGAAAAUUUACUCAUAUAUUUGUUGCAUAUCCAUUUAUACUGGUUUUAAAGACCCACAGGUAAUAAUUCUGCUUAUUUGCCUAAGUUGCUUUUAGCGUCAACAGGUAGUUUAUACUGAGAGGUGCUCUUCAAGAGUGUAUAAUAGGGCCAAAUGCAAAUUAAAAUCAAGCAUUUACUUUUAUAGCCACACAUUUACUAUUAAAUGCAUUUUUCUGUCACAAA